UAGCCCCUAAGAUUCCUUUACCAUGGCAUCACACAGAAAUUAAGAGAGAGAGAGAGAGGCACUGUCUCAGCACAGAAACAGCAUUUUCUUCACAUUCGUUCCUAACCUUUUCCUAAUUUCCCUCUGUUUGACGCAUGCUUUCUGUGGCCACCUUCUAUAUUCUUCAUUCUCCCCAUCUCUCCACUUCCAAUUUUGCCUCUCUUCUCUUCCUUUCAACUUCCCAUCACUUCUGAUGCAAACAUCUUUCACCCUUCAAAACACAUGUGACAUUGAGCUCUUGGCCCGUGUGAAAUGAUGCUGCAAGGUUGGAUUUUGCAAUUCUGGGUUGCUUCCCCUUGAUUUCAGUGUUGAUUCUGCCCUCCUUGCUGGUUUUGGGUAUGCAGCUGUUGUUUGGAUCCGUGUGGGGUUUAUUGUUCUUGUUAUUUGGUGUUACUGGGUGAAUAAAGCUAGUGUUUAUGGUGGUAGGGUUUUAAGUCUGGGUGUUUUUGCUGUGAUUUCUCCAAUUGGGUGUUGUGUUCUGGUGGAUUUGGAAUCUGGGUGUUUGUGAUUUUGCUGAUUUUUUUUUAUUGUGGAGGUCUUGAUUCAUGGAGGCUCAAUUAGAGGGGAAAAGUCCAUAUUUUUAUGGACCUGUGGUGCCGGAGAUGAAGAGUGUUGGAAAGAGAAGUUUAGAAUGGGAUUUGAAUGAUUGGAAAUGGGAUGGGGAUCUUUUCACUGCUAGGCAACUGAAUUCAGUGCCAUCAGAUUGUGGGAGUCGUCAAUUGUUCCCUACUGAUCCUGAAAUUCUUGCAACUGCUGAUGGUACUAACAAUUUGUCUCCUGCAUAUGAUGGUGUUAACCUUGGGGAAGAAAAGAGAGAAUUGGAGAAGAGGAGGAGAGGUGUUAUUGAAGAAGCAGGGGUGGAAAUGAAUGAUGGAACUGGUUCUGGUUCUCUUAAUUUGAACCUUGGGGGUCAAGUAUACCCUAUCAUAGAAGGGGAGGAAAAAAGUGGAAAGAAGACAAAGAUAGCUGCGAGUAGUUCGAAUCGGGCUGUUUGUCAGGUGGAAGAUUGUAGGACUGAUCUUAGUAAUGCGAAGGAUUACCACCGUCGCCACAAAGUUUGUGAUAUGCAUUCCAAGGCAAGCCAGGCUCUAGUUGGAAAUGUUAUGCAGAGAUUCUGUCAACAGUGUAGCAGGUUUCAUGUCCUUGAAGAAUUUGAUGAAGGGAAGAGAAGUUGUCGAAGGCGUCUGGCAGGCCACAAUAAGAGGAGGAGGAAAACACAUCCUGAUGCUACUGUAGUUAAUGGAGGCUCUGUGAAUGAAGAAAAGGGCAGUACCUAUCUGUUAAUGAGUCUGCUGAGGAUACUAUCCAAUAUGCAUUCAAAUGGCUCAGAUAAUAUGAGAAACCAGGAUGUUCUAUCUCAUCUGUUGAGAAACCUGGCAAAUCUAGCUGGUACAAUUAAUGGAAGAAAUAUUGCGUCUUUAUUGGAUGGAUCUCAAGAUUUGUUAAAAGCUGGGACAUCUGGAACUAUGCAUAAUGUUCCAAACACAAAUUCAAAUGGUCCCGAACCAUCCAGACCUUACAGUUCUUCUAUCAAGAUGGAUGAUGGUCUAAUCCAUCACGACCCUCAAGAGUCUACGUUACAAUGUCAGAUGACUCCUGCUCAUGAUAUGGCUAAAAAAUGUAUAGCUUCAGGCAGUGAUGGAGUAGUAAAGCUAAAAUCUCUAUCUCCUUCAGGACCACAGUCCUCAAAUGUACUUCUGUCAAGAGAUAGCCUUCCAACCCAAUCAGUUGCAGCAGGGACUACAGUUGGAAGAAUUGGGUUAAGUAAUAUUGACUUGAAUAGUGUAUAUGAUGAUGUACAGGAUUAUGUUGAGAACCCAAGGAAUUCUCAUCCGCCGUUGCCUUCAGGGCUUGGAUCUCAUGAUCACCCUUUAUGGGUUCAGUGUGACUCUCUCAGGUCAAGUCCACCACAGACAAGUAGAAACUCAGAUUCAACCUCUACCCAGUCACCAUCUAGUUCUAGUGGAGAAGCUCAGAGUCGCACGGAUCGAAUUGUAUUCAAACUAUUUGGUAAGGCACCAAAUGAUUUCCCCCAUGCUCUCCGAUCACAGAUCCUUAACUGGUUAUCCCACAGCCCCACAGAGAUAGAGAGCUAUAUAAGGCCAGGCUGUAUCAUAUUAACUAUAUAUCUCCGUCUAGAAAAUUCUGCAUGGGAAGAGCUAUGCUAUAAUCUUGGAUCCAGCUUGAAAAAGCUUGCCGCGUCAACUGAUUCUUUCUGGAGAACAGGAUGGAUCUAUACAAGAGUGCAGCACUCUGUAGCUUUUCUGUAUAAUGGUCAGGUGGUCUUGGAUGUACCGUUGCGCCUCAAAAGCCCACAAAAUUGUCAGAUUUUGUGCAUUAAACCACUUGCUGUUUCUGCAAGUGCUAGUGCUCAAUUUAUUGUGAAAGGAUUCAAUCUUUUGCAGUCCAACACGAGGUUGCUCUGUGCUCUUGAAGGGAAAUAUUUGGUACAAGAUAGUUGUUAUAAUUUGAUUGACGGUGCUGAUGUAGCCAAUGAGCACCAUGAGCUUCAGCAUUUCAGCUUCUCAUGUCACAUACCGAAUGUGACUGGAAGAGGGUUUAUUGAGGUGGAAGAUAAUGGUCUUAGCAGCUGUUCCUUUCCAUUCAUAGUAGCAGAAAAAGAAAUUUGUUCAGAGAUAUGUAAGCUGGAGAAUGUCAUUGAGGUUGCUGAGACUGCUGAUGACAUCCAGAUAAAAUCCAAACUAAUGGAAGAGAAGACUCGAGCAUUGCAUUUCAUACAAGAAAUGGGUUGGCUCCUUCAUCGAAAUCGUGUGAAAGUUAGGCUAGGGUCCAUGGCGCCUGUCCAAGAUCGAUUCCAUUUUAAUCGGUUCAUGUGGCUUGUCGGCUUCGCUAUGGACCAUGACUGGUGUGCUGUGAUGAAGAAACUCUUGGACAUUAUCUUUGAGGGCACUGUUGAUACAGGAGAUCAUGCCUCUGUUGAGUUUGCAUUGUUAGAGAUGGGUCUUCUGCACAAUGCUGUAAAAAGAAAUUGCAGGCCUAUGGUGGAACUACUGUUAAAAUUUGUGCCACUUAAAGCUUCAGAUGAUGGAGAUGGUAAAGAGAAUCAAGUCAAGAAGUCCCCUGACAGGUUCUUAUUCAGACCUGAUACUAUUGGGCCUGCUGGGUUGACUCCCCUUCAUGUUGCAGCAAGUAUGCAUGGCUCAGAGAAUGUAUUGGAUGCAUUAACUGAUGAUCCAGGAAUGGUGGCAACUGAAGCAUGGAAAGGUGCUAAGGACACGACAGGUUUGACACCCUAUGACUAUGCAUCCUUGCGGGGCUACUACUCCUACAUUCAACUUGUCCAGAGGAAAACAAGCAAGACAUGCAGAAGUCAGCAUGUUCUUGAUAUCCCAGGUACCCUUGUUGAUAGUAACACAAAGCAGAAGCAAUCAGAAGGGCAUCGGUCAUCAAAAGUUUCAAGUUUGCAGACUGAGAAGAUUGAAACAACAGCAACGCCACACCAUUGUGGGCUAUGCCAGCACAAGCUGGCGUAUGGUGGUGUGAGAAGAACUACACUUGUUUAUAGGCCGGCAAUGCUGUCGAUGGUGGCCAUUGCAGCCGUGUGUGUCUGUGUGGCAUUGCUCUUUAAAAGCUCACCCAAAGUCUAUUAUGUUUUCCAGCCCUUCAGCUGGGAAUCAUUGGAGUAUGGGUCAAUCUAAUGUUGUAUAUCAGAUAUUCUUUGCAGUAGGCCUGUGCUUUUUUCUUUUUUUUUAAUUGAAGAGUGAAAGUCUUGGUUCUGAGUAUGUACAUCUGUGAUAGAAGCUGUCAUCAAAAUAUGUGGGGGAGGUUUAACUUCACAUCAGAUGUUCAGCACAAAAUGUUCACUAUGCUAUCUAUCAAAUGGUAGGUAGUUCAUGUAUAUGCAAAGAUAAUAGGGUAAGCUUGCCGGCAUUUAGGAGGGUACUUUGUAUCAAUCAAUAAAUAUAAUUUACUACAGGUGAGCAUACUUUGAAGUUAUCUUGAUUAUUGAUGUUGUUCUGUAAAUUAUAUAAGCAACUAGAUGUAGUUGACUAGUGACUACAGAAUUAUGUAACUCGCAGGCAACAUUAGGUUGAAUUUUGGUGUCAUUAUGUGCCCUUGGUUUCAACCAUUGGACUGUGUAUUGAGAUUUAUGUAAUAAUUUUUCUCUCUUGAAUAUUGUGAAAUUGGACUUCUCCUUGGUACU